CUGAUGUCAUUCGGAUGGAAAUUCUGUUGUGUCUGUGGUCGCGAAAAAAAGCAUUUUUGUGCCGUGAAUAACUUUGUUUUUUCUGCUAUACUACAUUCGAUUGUGCUAAAUUUAGCCAAAUAAACAGUGUGAUAUUAAUAACUCGAAUUGUGGAAAAGCGUCAGUGCAAUCACGGGAUCCUGCUUUUUUAAAUGCUAAUAAAUAAUCCUUAAAAAUGUGCCAUCGGAUUUUGUUCGAGUGAAAAAAAGGUUGCUACCAGUCCCAGAUUGGAAAAAGAUUAAACUGGGUGUGGGAGAUUGUGAGACCGCUUGCGUCAUCGAUCGCGCUUUUCCAGUAGCCGUUUACGACUACUGAAAACCCAGAGAAGAAAGAUUGUGACGAUGAAGAUCAACGAGAAGAAUUUGUGCAUGUUUGCCACAACGCCUCCGGUCGAUCUGGAGGGGUGGCUGAACAAGCGGGGCGAAAUCAACAAGAGCUGGCAACGGCGCUGGUUCGUGCUCAAGGGCAACCUGCUGUUCUACUUCGAGCGCAAGGGCGACCGGGAACCGCUCGGGAUGAUCAUCCUGGAGGGAUGCACCGUCGAGCUCGCUGAAGAAGGCGAACAGUACUGCUUCCAGAUAAUGUUCCACGGUCCCAACAAUCGAACCUACUUCCUGAGCACCGAAUCCCAAAGCAACAUGGAACAGUGGAUGAAGGCACUGACCUGUGCCGGCUACGACUAUAUGAAGCUGAUGGUUGCUGAGCUACAACGACAACUGGACGAAAUCGAAGGCUGCAAGGAGCAAAUCCCGGAGCAGAAUGUGUUGCUGACGACGGUUCCACCACGGGCACCACCCCGACGACAGAAUCCCUUCAACCGGCCAGCACCUCCAACGGAAUUUGCCUCCAAUGCCGCACUGGACGUAAGCACCGACUUUCCGACGGCUACUUUCACAGGUAAAACAACUCCUAGCAGCAGCGCACUAGUAUCACCGCAGGUCACCCGCAAGGCACCAGCUCCCCCACCUAGUGCCAGUAGCAGCAGCAGCACAACGACACCGGCGGCACCGCAAUCACAUUUAAAGAGCCCCUCGGUCGCAGAGAGUACCUCGGCAUUACCCGGCGGCACCGGAUUGUCCCGUUCUGCAAGUGGUGCUUCCGCUCGGAGUGGCCACAGCAAUAAUAGCGCCGGUAGCCAGAACAUGGUUUUGAACGUAGACUUGCUGGCCAUCAGUAGUGGUGUGGAUGAGUUUGGCUUUGACCGGAUGCAUCAGCUGCUCGGUGCUCCGGUGCUAGCAGAUUUACACGCUAGAAAGAUGACAAUGGAGCAGGGCGACCAACCGUUGAUCAUGUUCUAGGAAAGCUUCUCUGAGUUAUUAUUUCUUUAAUGUUUAAUUUAUCUGAAACUUACGCUUAUCGAUUAUAGAGCUUGUGAUGUGCGCUACCUGCGCGGCAGGGCAGUACGAACAUUUCUUUUUUACAAAUUUUAGCUAAAUUAGUCCGAAAGUAUGCCGCUAGAAAUAUGUUUUGAGCAUAUUGCCGUUGGCUCAGCCUGUAUACUUCGUUAAAAUUAUGAAUCGAAAACACACUGCUCGUUUUGCAAAUGUAUGUACCUAGUUGUUAUAUCAAAUGUUCCAUUUUUAGCAUACCUCAAGUAGAAAUGGUAGACGAAAUGAACAUCUUGACAAACCUGAAUGUGUACUUGGUCGCAAAUUACCAUUUUUUGAAAAUUUUCCGGAUCAAUUUUUAGUCCGAACGGUAUUUUUACAAAUUUAAUAUGCCUGACAUGUUGUUUCGUUUGUUCAAGAAAAAUGUUUUGGUAAAUUAUGUCGGCGUCUCCCAUCUGUCCCAGUCCGUCGAGCACUAUCUUAACGCUUCCUCCCUCUGGUGCUUCAGAACUCUCGGGCUCUGUUGCCGCUAUCCUGUUCUAAGCUAUGCUAAGCUCGUGUAAAGUUUCCUCUUCUGCCCCUCGUUCUGUUUUUCCUUUCCGGGUCAGACAGGUAGCUUAUAAACCCAUAAAAAAAAAUAUGUCGGCGUCUCUGUCUCGACAUAGCUUUAAAUAUGCGAGCUUUGAAUAAACGAGGAUAGUUAAUUGGCGAUUCUACCAGAUUAGCUCUUUACCAUUUUGUCAAACCUGAAUACUUUACAGGAAAAAUCAUGAUCCUUUGAAAAUUGCCUGUAGGCAUGUUUGGUCCGAAAGGUAUUUUCUUAACUUAAAAUGUCGGCCGUUUAAGUUUACUGAUAAAUAUUUUUUCUGUUCGAUUAUGAAUCCAAACGCUGUGGAAAGUGAUUUUUUUUGACAAAAAUGCCUGGACCAAUUUUUACUUCAAAAGGUAUAUUCUUAAAUUAAAAACGUCUAGUCUACUAAAGAACAAUUUUUUGCUUUAUUAUAUUGGAACCUUUCUCAAAAAAGCUUUGUUUGUAAGCGAGGUUUGUAAGAUUCCAGUCCAGAAUGAUUCAUAGGCGAUCCUACCAAAUGUGCUGCAUACGGAAUUUUACAAAUAGGAAUAAUUUUCAAAAAAUUAUCAUCCUUUGAAAAUUUCCGGGUUCAUCUUUUUGUCCUAAGGGUGUUUGCUAAAUUCAAAAAUAUCUAUCACGUGUUAUGAAUUUGCUUAUGAACAAUUCUCUGUUCGAUAAUGUUGAAAUUUUUACCGAACAAGAUUGAAAUACGCAAGGAUUGCAAAACUCUACUCAGAAUGGCUAAUUGGCGAUUCUGCCAAAUGCGCUGCCUACCGGUUUUGACAAAUCUGAAUACUUUCUAGAAUGUCAUCAUCUUUUGAAAAUUGCCCGGACCAUUUUUUGGGGCAAAGGGUUUUUUUAAAUGAAAAAAAGCCUUGAAAUGAGGUACUUUGAGAAUAAUUUUUAUUCGAGGAAAUAACCUUCAGGCCAAAAAUUGAACCGUGCAGCUUUCAAAAAAUGAUGAUUUUCUACUGAGCUUGUAUUCGUUUUUGUCAAUGACGGUAGACGAAGUAUUUGGUGGGAGCUUCAGUUUUACCAUCCAAGUCUAGAAACUUGUUGAAAUAGCAAUCAUCGGCAUACUACCAAAUGAGCUGUCUACGGUUCCUUGACACACCUGAAUACUUGGUAGAAAAAUCACCGUUAGAAAAUUGCCAGGACCCAUUUUUGGUCCAAAAGGUAUUUUCUCGAAUUAAAAAUGUCUUUCAUAUGGUACGUUGGAGUUUACUGAUGGACAAUUUAAUGGGAAAAUAUAAGAAGUUUUCUCGAAAAACUUCUAUUAGCGAAGUUUGGAAAUGUCCAAUUGUGUUAGGAUUGCGAGACUCUACUCAGGAUGGCUAAUUGGCGAUUCUGCAAAUGCGCUGUCUACCGGUAUUGACUAAUCUUUAUACUGUAUAGAAAGUCAUCAUACUUGGAAAAUUGCCCGGACCAUUUUUUGGGUCAAAGGGUUUUUCUCGAAUCAAAAGUGUCUUGAAAUGAGGUACUUUGAGAACACUUCUUAUUCGAGGAAAUGCCCUUUGGGCCAAAAAUUGAACCGUGCAGCUUUCAAAGGGUGAUGACUUUCUACUGAGCUUGUAUUUCUUUUUGUCAAUGACGGUAAACAAAUCAUUUGGAGGGAGCUUCAGUUUUACCAUCCCGGGCUAGAAACUUGUGAAAAUUUCAUUAAUUGGCGAUACUAUUAAAUGAGCUGUUUUUUGCUCUAGACACACCUGAAUACUUGUAGAAAAAUCACUGUUAGAAAAUUGCCCAGAACCAUUUUUGUUCCAAAAGGUAUUGUCUCGAAAUAAAAAUGUCUUUCAUAUGGUACGCUGGAGUGUACUGAUGGAUAAUCUUAUGGGGAAAUAUAAGAAAGUUUUCUCGGAAAACUUUCAUAAGCGAAGUUUGAAAAUGUCCAAUUAAGUUAAAGUUGCAAAACUCCACUCAGGAUGGCUAAUUGGCGAUUCUGCUAAAUGCGCUGCCUACCGGUUUUGACAAAUCUGAAUACUUUCUAGAAUGUCAUCAUCCUUUGAAAAUUGCCUGGACCAAGUUUUGAGCCAAAGGGUUUGCUCGAACCAAAAAUGUCUUGAAAUGAGGUACUUUGAGAACAUUUCUUGUUCGAGGAAAUGCCGUUUGGCCAAUAAUUGAACCGUGCAGCUUUCAAAGGGUGAUGACUUUCUACUGAGCUUGUAUUUCUUUUUGUCAAUGACGGUGGACAAAUCAUUCGGCAGGAGCUUCAGUUUUACCAUCCUGGUCUAGAAACUUGUAAAAUUUCCAUUAAUCGCUAUUUUUUGCUCCUUGACACACCUGAAUACUUGUAGAAAAAUCACUGUUAGAAAAUUGCCAAAUUGGUCCAAGAGGUAUUCUCUCGAAUUAAAAAUGUCUUUCAUAUGGUACGUUGGAGUAUACUGAUGGACAAUCUAAUGGGAGAAUAUAACAAGUUUUUCUCGGAAAAAUUUUUAAAAGUGAAGUUUGGAAAUGUCCAAUUGUGUUAUAGAACUGCAAGACUCUACUCAGGAUGGCAGGCGAUUCUGCCAAAUGCGCUGUCUACCGGUUUUGACAAAUCUAAAUACUUUAUAGAAUGUCAUCAUCCUUUGAAAAUAGCCUGGACCAAUUUUUGGGCUAGAGAGUUUUUCUCGAAUCAAAAAUGUCUUGAAAUGAGGUACUUUGAGCACGUUUAUUAUUCGAGGAAAUGCCCUUUGGGCCAUAAAUUGAACCGUGCAGCGUUCAAAUGGUGAUGACUUUCUACUCAGCUUGUGUUCCUUUUUGUCAAUGGCGGUAGACAAAUCAUUUGGCAAGAGCUCCAGUUUUACCAUCCCGGUCUAGAAUCUUGUAAAAAUCGCAUGAGCUGUCUACCGCUCCUUGACUCACCUGAAUACUCAGUAGAAAAAUCACCGUUAGAAAAUUGCCCGGACCCAUUUUUGGUCCAAAAGGUAUUCUCUCGAAUUAGAAAUGUCUUUCAUGUGAUACGUUGGAGUUUACUGAUAGACAAUCUAAUGGGAAAACAUAAGAAGUUUUUCUCGGAACAGAUUCUAUAAACGAUGUUUGGAAAUGGCCAAUCAGGUUAAUUGAUUGGCGAUCCUGCCAAAUGCGCACAAAUGUGAACAUUUUGAAAUCCGAAUGAUAAGCGUGUAUUUCUUCAACGUUAUUUUAUGUUACGCAACAUAAGCUUCGAUGGAUAAAAUAACGAAAUAUCAUAGAGUUGAUUCUUCCGGAAAAAAAAUAAAUCAGAUAGAAUUCACCAUUUCUUGUGAAAAGUUACGACUGAUUUCCAAUACAUAACAUUUCACUGGAGGUUUGUCAAGAUGUUCGUAUUCCAAGGUCAAAAGAGAAAAUUCACUGCAUUUAAAUCUGUCAUCAACACUCUACAUUACACCGGUAUCGGUAAAUCUCGAAUAAGCAGUAUCAGAAAAUCACUAGCAUCACCAAUUAAUAGCUGUAAGGAAAAAGUAUAAACAUUUAUCAUCAAUACAUUCAAAUGGAAAUGACUCGCAAAGUGCUGAUCCCGGAAACAAUGCGAAUUAAUCAUAACAAUCAAUCAUCUAACAAUUGUGACUACCUUCCUACAUAUCUUGCUAAUCAUCAUAUGUUGCUCAAGUCUUUACCCUAAGCUCGUUCCAUGUUCUUCCGGUCUAAAAUCAACUAUUUAUUGGAUGUGCUCACCCUAUUAUCUGUGCAUGUGCCGUAUUCGUCCAUUGGCAUACAAUAUGCUGCAAUUUGAUUGAGGUGGUUUGCUACUUGCUAUCGAUCUUAAAAUCAUUGUUUUUCGUCAAAUAGAAGGCCAAAGCAUAACUCAUCCAGUUUGACGCUAUCAAUCUUGACCCGCAAUCGUGAUACGUUCCAAUCAUUGUUUCAAGCCAUAGCCAUCACGCUCUCACAAACACACCAUUUGUUUUUAUUCAAUGUUCUAUAUUCUUCUGGAUUUCCCCUUUCUCUGGUUCGUACGCUUUUCUGCCUGAAUCGUCCACAUUCCACGUCGCCCGUGUGUUUGUGUGUAACAUUUUCCGGGGGCAAACGGCCAAGCAGCAAGGAGACACCGCAAGCGCAAACCACUAGAAUCACAUUUUUGAGGGCAGCAGCAUGGAUCCGCCACUCCCGUAUACAGUAGUCUUACCAUUUCGAUCAAAGCUUUUUAUUGUGCUGAUGCAAGGGAUGUGACUCGAAGAAGAAACAAAAUUGAAAUAAAUAUAUGCAAAGUUCGUAGAACUCGCGCAGUGCCAACAAACAACCUUGAGAUAAGCCAAAUCGAGCGAAUUUUUUAAACCGAUAGACAUUAUUACUAUUAUUACUAUUGUAGCUAAACUGAGUCAAAAGAGAACCCUCUUAUGCGGUCAUCAUUAGUGUUAGUUCGCUUAACGUUAGUUGUAAGAUUUCUUUUAAUCUGUAAAUAUAUGAAUCCCUCGAAAUCCA